AUGGUUGCAACUCCGGAUUAUGCGGGUGUGGAGCAGAAACAAGCUUGUACCACCUCGUCUUGCUCAAACCUGCCUGGAACUUACACAUGUGUUAUGCCAGGCUACCAAAGCAACCACUCCAUGACCGAUGACGAUGUUUGUACACGUCGCUUACUCACCCACCAACGCAUCGUCGUUGACGUCGCCGUCGUCUUCGAACUGUGGUCAUUUUUAACCAAAUAUUUGUCUGACAGAAGUACUACUAUAAUGAUUUCCGACUGUCAACACAAUUACGAAGGAGCUGAAAAACUCCUCGAAAUCUGGUUCUUCGAUGAAACCGGUAAAUGUCCGGGUGAUCUCGAUCUUCGGCAUAUAUCGAGGCAUGACAUCGAACUUGUCCUAGAUCGUGCCUGCUGCUCCAUUGUUAGAGAAAAUAGCAAUGAAAGGCAAUUAAGCUUCGUGUUGAGUGAAAGCAGUCUCUUCAUUACAAAUAAUCGCAUUAUUCUCAAAACAUGUGGUAAUACACGGCUUCUGGAGACAGUAGAACCACUCAUUAAUCUUGCAAGGGGUCUCGGAUUCGAGCAUCACAGAACUUAUUAUUCACAUUGCUCUUUCCUAUUCCCUGAGCAACAAGAAGAAGUGUAUCAAGAUUUCGAAUCAGAAGUUGCUCGUCUUGACUUGGUCUAUAAAGGUGCUGGAGCAAAACGUAUCUUCGGAAACUUGAGGAGCAAUCGCUGGCAUUUAUAUUGUGGCCAGUCAAUCCCAAGCGCUCUGAAGGAGCCUUCCGGCCAAACCCUUCAGCUUAUGAUGAGAGGUCUCAGCCCAGCCAAAAUGGAACCUUUCUACGCAAUAAACUCGGGCUCCGCUGAGGAAGCUACCAGACUUUCAGGGAUCUAUAGUCUAUUUCCUGGUGCAAACAUAGCGGAUUUCCUCUUCGAACCCUGUGGUUACUCGGUUAAUGGAGUUAUGAAAAGCGAUGAAUACUUUACAAUUCAUAUUACUCCUGAGCCUGAAUUCUCCUACGUGAGUGUGGAAACAAACGUGGCUAUGGAGGAUUACACAAACUUCAUCUCGAGAGUUCUCGAUAUCUUCGGACCGAGUUCAUUUAUCUGCACUUUCAUUUCUGAUUCGAAUUCGAAGGCUCAUGGGAAUCAUGAAGUUUUGAAGGAGGUCAAACUGCCCAACUUCCGAAGGAUGGAAAUUGGUGAUUGGAACUUAUUUGCAAGGAAGAAGGUGACCUACACGGCCUAUGAAGUUGACAGUCAUCGACGUCCCAAUUCAAGCUUUGGUUCUGAUGAAGAAUCCCGUGCUUCGUCAUUGGAUUAA